AUGGACACAUUCAUCGAUUCCGCAACGGAACUCUUGGAGGCUUAUCCCGGAGCAACCGUGUCGAUCACCUACUCCAAUGUGCACAAAAAAGAAAGUAAAAAAGUGACUGCAGACUCCAAGAGAGCCGUCAACAAAGUCAAGUUCAAAGUCUAUGAUGCUGGUCUGAGUAAAAGCGUCCGCUAUUCCACAACAAAGACUAAGGAAUUGUCCAAGCUACUCACAUUUCUCGGCCCCAUUGGUGUCAGCACAAAGAGAAAGGCGGCCGACGAGGAGGACGAAUCUGCAAAGAGACCCAAGACCUCUACAGGUGCAGCUGGAAUCAUGAGUAAUUACAAAGCAGAGGAGCUUCCUGUUGCUAGUGCUGAGAGCGAAGCCGUGGAUGUGCCUAAGACCGAGGAGGUUGCUGGGGCCAAGAAGGGUAAGAAAGGAAAGAAGGGAAAGAAGAAGUGA